AUGAAUCCGAACUCGAAUCCACGCCAGCGCAAGACGUCCCCAGUCCCACCGACCGCGAAAUUAGAGACAUCCCUUGAAAGCUCGCUUGAAAGCUCCCCUGAAAGCCAAUCAAGCCUUCUCUCAUACGAUGAAUUGCCAGAGUGGUAUCAAGAUAACGAGUUCAUUCAUCGUGGCUACCGACCGGUCUCAAGAUCAGCCCGCGCGUGCAUCUCUAGUUGGCUCGCUCUACAUACCGAAACUGUCAACAUUCACUCGCACCUGAUUCCAGCCGUUCUAUUCUCCAUUGUUGAGGCCGGUGUUUUUAAGUAUUUGCAGACCAAGUACCCCCAAGUGACACUCCGCGAUCAAUUGAUUUUCGCUAUAUUUCUCCAAUCGGCGACCAUAUGCCUUGGGUUUUCAGCCGCCUAUCACACGUUGAUGAGCCACUCUCAGGCUGUUUGUGGCAUGUGGUUGCAAUUUGAUUUCGUUGGAAUCAUUGUCUUGACACUGGGCAAGUUUAUCUCGGGAAUCAAUAUGACUUUCUAUUGUGAGCGAACUUUGAAACAUAUCUACUGGGCUAUGAUUCUUACCCUUGGCUCUAUCACAAUUUCGAUUUUGUUGAACCCCAAAUUCGCAGGCCGGGGUUGGCGUACCUUUCGCACUUGCGCAUUUGUCGCAACGGGUCUUUCUGGAUUUGCACCUAUGGCGCACGGUAUCAGGAUCUUUGGUUUCUCGCAAAUGGUAAAACAAUCAGGAAUGCCAUACUACCUGGUUGAAGGAGCCCUCCUCAUACUAGGAUCGGUGAUAUAUGCGACAAGAAUUCCAGAAUCCUUGAUGCCUGGGAAGUUCGAUAUAUUCGGCUCUUCCCACCAACUUUUCCAUCUCUUGGUGGUGCUCGCAACUGGAGUGCACUUCUUCGGAAUUCUCGCUGCAUUCGAUUACAACUACCAUCAUCGGAUCUGCGGUCUUUCGUGA